CUGAGCUCUCGGCGCCGAGCACCAGCAGAGCCUGAGCUACAGCCCCGACAACAGCCCCGCCGGGACAUGAUCCUGCCCUGCGCCCUGCUGGCCGCUCUCCUGGCUGCCGGCCACGCAGCCAACCCUUGCUGCUCAAACCCCUGCCAGAACAGAGGAGUGUGCGUGACGACAGGAUUCAAUCAGUAUGAAUGCGACUGCACGAGGACGGGAUAUUACGGGGAAAACUGCAUGACACCGGAAUUCUUCACGUGGCUGAAGCUAACGUUGAAACCUUCGCCAAACACUGUCCACUACAUCCUCACCCACUUCAAAGGAGCCUGGAAUAUUGUCAACAACAUUCCCUUCUUACGAGAUGCUAUUAUGAGAUAUGUGUUAACAUCAAGAUCACACUUGAUCGACAGCCCACCAACCUACAAUAGUGAUUAUAGUUAUAAAAGCUGGGAAGCUUAUUCCAAUCUUUCUUACUACACAAGAAGUCUUCCACCAGUAGGACUUGACUGUCCAACACCAAUGGGUGUUAAAGGUAAGAAGGAGCUUCCAGAUUCAAAACUGAUCGUGGAAAAGUUUUUGCUAAGGAAAAAAUUUAUUCCUGACCCACAAGGCACAAAUGUGAUGUUCACAUUCUUUGCCCAACACUUCACUCAUCAGUUCUUUAAGACGGACCACAAAAAAGGACCUGGCUUCACCAAAGCUCUUGGCCACGGGGUUGACUUGAACCAUAUUUAUGGAGAGACUCUGGAGAGACAACUUAAGCUGAGACUUCUAAAAGAUGGAAAGCUAAAAUACCAGAUGAUUGAUGGAGAAAUGUAUCCACCAACGGUGAAGGACACUCAGGCAGAAAUGAUCUACCCUCCUCACGUACCUGAACACUUGCAGUUUUCUGUCGGGCAGGAGGUGUUUGGUUUGGUCCCAGGCUUGAUGAUGUAUGCCACAAUAUGGCUGAGGGAACACAACCGGGUCUGUGACAUCCUGAAACAGGAGCAUCCAGAGUGGGAUGAUGAGCAGCUGUUCCAGACCACUAGACUCAUAUUGAUAGGAGAGACAAUCAAGAUUGUUAUUGAGGACUAUGUACAACACUUGAGUGGCUACCACUUCAAACUCAAGUUUGAUCCUGAGCUGCUGUUCAACCAGCGAUUUCAGUACCAGAACCGAAUUGCAGCUGAAUUCAACACUCUCUACCACUGGCAUCCGCUUCUGCCUGACACGUUCCAGAUACACGACCAAGAGUACACUUUCCAGCAGUUCCUCUACAAUAACUCUAUAAUGGUGGAACAUGGCCUUUCCCAUAUGGUGAAAUCUUUCUCCAAGCAAAGUGCUGGCAGGGUGGCUGGUGGGAAAAAUGUUCCUGCUGCAGUACAGAAAGUAGCAAAGGCUUCAAUUGACCAAAGCAGACAAAUGAGAUAUCAGUCCUUGAACGAGUACAGGAAACGCUUCAUGUUGAAACCAUUCAAAUCAUUUGAAGAACUUACAGGAGAAAAAGAAAUGGCAGCUGAGCUGGAAGAGCUUUAUGGAGACAUUGAUGCCAUGGAGCUGUACCCAGGCCUUCUGGUAGAAAAGCCACGACCAGGUGCCAUCUUUGGUGAAACGAUGGUGGAGAUUGGAGCACCGUUCUCGCUGAAAGGACUGAUGGGAAAUGCUAUCUGCUCCCCUGAGUACUGGAAGCCUAGCACCUUCGGUGGAAAAGUGGGCUUUGAAAUAAUCAAUACUGCCUCCUUACAGAAGCUCAUCUGCAACAAUGUGAAAGGCUGUCCUUUCACUGCUUUCCACAUCUUAAAUCCUGAACCCACAGAGGCAACUAUUAAUGUUAGUACCUCAAAAACAGCAAUGGAAGAUAUCAACCCCACACUACUACUGAAAGAGCGAUCUGCUGAGUUGUAAAAACCCACCUAUUUAUUUAUUUAACUACCUAAUUUAUUCUAUUUAUGGUUUAAAGUGUUUCAAAACAAAAAACUUGAGCAUCUUUGUUGUGGGGGUUACCCUGGAUUCCUUACUUGGGUAAGGUUUCCACUUACAAAAGGGAUUUUCUGUGUUUGAGCUCUACAGUGGUGAAUCCCUUGUUUAAAGUCUUCUGUAACAGAACUAUGUAUUCCAAAGUGGACAAAGAUUCCAACUUUUUUUAAUGUUGUUUUAAUACUUGACAAAGGGGGUUGGUGUUUUGGGGUUUUUUUGUUUUCACUUGAUAGCUCACAUAACACUACAAAAAUGAGUUAUUGCCUCAGCAAUUUAUUAAAUUUGAAAAUGGGCAAAUGAACUAAAAGUAAAAGAAAAAUUUGACUUGAUGAAAACUGCCAGAAAAGAUAAUGAAUUCAGUAUAAGCACUCCAAGAUUAACAAAAAAAAAUACUUGAAACUCCCUUAUUUAUAUAAAAGUCAGAAAAUGCAUUGCAUUUAUUGUUGAUACUACCUCUCCCUCAUUGCAAGCAAGGCACUUUGUAUAGUAACUUAUGUGUUCGGUUUUUUUAUGUGUAAAUCUAUUUUCAUGUGGCAUUAUACUUUAAUUUAAUUAUUUAAAGAAAAUAGAACUUCUCUUGGAUCCCACUUGUUUUUUGAAGCGUAUGUACUGAGCUUAGAAAUAACCGACUCUCAGGCUGCAAUACAAGGCUGCUUGUACUUUCAUACAGAUGUUUCAUUGUUGAAGUUUGGGGAGGUCUUAACCUUAGUCCAAAGUGUUGGUGUUUAUUUUUAUAGCUGUAGUCCUCUGGUCUACUUGUUAGUAUGACUUUUAAUCUCUGUCACUUUAAGGACAAACAGACAGUAUGGCUUUAGUGAAGAAUGUGACUAUAGUAUAGCUUUGUGUACCCAAAACACAGAGAUUAUUGGGAAAUAGUGAAAACUGGGAAACUGUGUAAACAUACACAGUAGAGAAAUGAAUGCAGAAUAGAUCUAGCAAAACUUCAAGGCACCGAGGCUUGGAAGGUUGCUUAUAGCUGUGUACGCAAGCCAUACUUGUUACUUACAGUUGUAUUUAAUGGGGGAAGGAGGGAUAAUGUUUUGUUUUUAACUUAUAAACAGAGGCAUUUUAAGUAAGUGACUGGCUAGCCAGCACAAAAUCUCCUAGACAUAUGCAUCCUGGUCCAGCACCAAAAUAUGUAUUCUCAUCGGGGCACAUAAGAAGUUACACAGGAUUUUGUAGCAGCACUUUGCAUAUAAGGGUAUCUUUUUUUUAAUUUCUAGAGAGGAAAUGUAGAAGAUGAUCUUCCCAUAAAAACAGCUGGGGAACUAUAGGUAAAAAGAAAAAGUCACUUCAGACGGGAAUAGAGCAGCAACCUGGUAUUCUGUGCCCCUGCCCAAAAUUCCUUGACUACUUGUGGAAAAGGACUUGAGUUUUAUAUUUCUUCUGAAUCUCUCAAACGUUCGUAGAGGCUCGUGCAUUGUAACGGCUAUGGCGGUAGUGUAGUUUGACUGUGACUUCUUUUUCUGUUGAUUUGUUUAGAGACACGGAUUACCUUAUGUUGUGUAAGUUUGUAGUCGUUAGCAUGAAUAGCUGAAUUGAGAUCUCCUGCAGCAAUCAAUACCAGUGACUGAUUUUAGGUGGUCUCUGGUAUGAGUGCUUUGGGAGAAAGAAAGACAUUUGUUUUCCUUCUUUCUAUUUAAAGCAUGAAGAAGGGAAAAAAAACUUUAAUAACCUUGUAUUAAAGGUGGUCAUUGAUAUGUAGGCUACUUCAAGUAGUGAAAACUACGUGGCCACUUGUCAAACAUGUCGUUGUCGUUCAGAUCUAUCUUUGGAACAUGCUUCUUCAGAGCACCCUUCUGUCAUUAACAAGGAAAAGUUAGCUUAGCUUUAGAGUCAAAGGGAGACAAGCCUGGACACAUCAAGUUAUUUUGGGGUAGGUAAAGAGGAAUUCCUCAGACCAUGUCACUUGAGUUAAGCUUUCUGAAAAGUAUCAUGUUCACUCUGCAUUUUGUACUUUGCAGCUGCAUUUCAACAGCCACUUACCUGUGACCCAACCUGCUGGGUUUGGCUGGGUUCAUGUUGCUCAUGAUAAACAUGUAUGUUUGAGAUUUAUUUAUUUAAAAUCCCGUGAAUUGUUUUUCACUUUAUUUUUGUAGGUCAAGAAUGUUUUUAAAAUGCAAUUGUUUAUACAAAUAAAUUGAAAACAUUAUCUGUAUGGGC